AUGUUGUUGAGAAACAAUUUCAAUCUUUUAUCACAUAGGCUCAAAGUUUUACCAAGACCGUCCAAUUUGGUUCAAAGACUUGGGCUUGCAACAAGUGCCAAUCAGCAAGAAAACAAAACAAUUCCUUCGAUAAAUGACGAGGCAUUGAAGUACGCGGGUGGUGACUUGUUGAAGAAAUUUAAGGAUGAGCACGCUCACAAACUAGUAGAUGUCUCAAAGGUUCUUGUUAUCGGGUCGGGUGGUUUAUCAAUUGGUCAGGCUGGUGAAUUUGACUACUCAGGAUCACAAGCCAUCAAAGCAUUGAAAGAAGCUAACAAGCAAUCUAUUCUAAUAAAUCCAAACAUUGCCACAAACCAGACUUCGCAUGCGUUGGCCGACGAAAUUUACUAUCUUCCCGUCACUCCAGAGUACAUAACUUACAUAAUCGAAAGAGAGAGACCAGAUGGCAUUUUGUUGACUUUUGGUGGACAAACCGGGUUGAAUGUUGGUGUUAAGUUGGAUAAAAUGGGUGUAUUUGAUAGGUAUGGCGUUAAAGUUUUGGGAACUCCGAUAAAAACAUUGGAAACGUCUGAGGAUCGUGAUUUGUUUGCUCAAGCUUUGAAAGAAAUAGAUAUACCAAUUGCCGAAUCCAUCGCUGUUGAAACUGUUGAUGAUGCUUUAAAAGCGGCUGACUCGGUAGGAUACCCAAUUAUUGUUAGGUCGGCGUACUCCCUCGGUGGUCUUGGUUCUGGAUUUGCUGCCAACAAAGACGAAUUGAGGAACUUGGCAGCUCAAUCACUCUCCUUGGCUCCACAAAUCUUGGUCGAAAAGUCUUUGAAAGGAUGGAAGGAAGUCGAGUACGAAGUUGUUCGUGAUAGAGUGGGAAACUGUAUCACAGUAUGUAAUAUGGAAAACUUUGACCCAUUGGGUAUUCACACUGGAGAUUCCAUUGUUGUUGCUCCAUCUCAAACUUUGAGUGAUGAAGAGUAUCAUAUGUUGAGAACUGCUGCAAUUAAGAUAAUCAGACACUUGGGUGUUGUUGGUGAAUGUAACGUUCAGUAUGCAUUACAACCAGAUGGUUUAGAUUUCAGAGUCAUUGAAGUGAAUGCUAGACUUUCACGUUCCUCUGCUUUAGCUUCAAAAGCUACAGGAUACCCAUUGGCCUAUACAGCGGCCAAGAUUGCCCUUGGCCACACCUUGCCAGAAUUACCUAACCCUGUCACCAAAACGACUUCAGCAAAUUUUGAACCAUCAUUGGAUUAUAUUGUGACAAAAAUUCCUCGUUGGGACUUGUCGAAGUUCCAACAUGUAAAGCGUGAUAUUGGAUCGGCUAUGAAGUCAGUGGGUGAGGUUAUGGCAAUUGGUAGAAAUUUUGAAGAAUCUUUUCAAAAAGCAAUCAGACAAAUUGACCCAUCAUACAUUGGGUUCCAAGGAGACCAUUUUGAUAACUUGGAUGAAACUUUGCAAAAUCCAACUGAUAGAAGAUGGUUAGCCGUUGGACAAGCAUUGUUACAUGAAAAUUACUCAGUUGAAAAGGUUCAUGACUUGACAAAGAUUGACAAAUGGUUCUUGUACAAAUUGAUGAACAUUGUUAACAUGUAUCGUGAAUUGGAAGCCGCUGGUGAAUUGUCAAAUAUCAAUAGUGAUUUGAUGAGACGUGCCAAGAGGUUGGGAUUCUCUGACAAGCAAAUAGGUCUCUGUGUUGGUGCACCAGAGUUGGAAGUUAGAAAAGUAAGGAAAGAAUUUGGAAUCAUUCCAUUUGUUAAGAAGAUAGAUACAUUGGCAGCUGAGUUCCCUGCUAAUACCAAUUACUUGUACACAACAUACAAUGCCACCAGCUCGGACAUUGAUUUCAACGAUAAAGGAACAUUGGUGUUGGGUUCGGGUGUUUACAGAAUAGGUUCGUCUGUCGAAUUUGACUGGUGUGCUGUUUCUACUGCACGUGCUUUAAGAGAAAGUGGUAAAAAGACAAUCAUGAUCAACUAUAAUCCCGAAACUGUUUCUACUGAUUUUGACGAAGUUGACAGGUUAUACUUUGAAGAGUUAUCUUUGGAAAGGGUAUUGGACAUCUACGAAUUAGAGCACUCAGCUGGUGUUGUUGUUUCAGUUGGAGGUCAGUUACCUCAAAACAUUGCAUUAUCGUUGCAAAACAACGGCUGCAAUGUUCUCGGAACUAACCCCGAAGACAUUGAUAAAGCCGAAGAUCGUCAUAAAUUUUCCCAAAUCCUUGAUUCCAUCGGGGUCGAUCAACCAGCAUGGAAGGAGUUGACUUCUAUCAAAGAGGCUGAAAACUUUGCCGAUGAAGUUGGGUAUCCAGUUCUUGUUCGUCCUUCAUACGUUUUGUCUGGGGCCGCUAUGUCUGUUAUCAAGAGUAAAGAUGAGUUGGAUGCAAAAUUAUCAAACGCUUCUAAAGUUUCACGUGAGCAUCCUGUUGUUAUCUCGAAGUUUAUUGAAGGGGCCCAGGAAAUUGAUAUUGAUGCUGUUGCUAAUGAAGGUCAAGUAUUGGUCCACGCUGUUUCGGAACACGUCGAGAAUGCAGGUGUCCAUUCUGGUGAUGCUACCUUAGUCUUGCCACCACAAAACUUGUCUCCUGUUUUGUUGAACCGUUUAAAAACUAUUGCUGAUAAAGUGGCUGAAGCAUGGAAAAUUACUGGACCUUUCAAUAUGCAAAUUAUCAAGAAUGACCAGAAUGGCGCUCUUGAUGAUGAAAACUGUGAAUUGAAGGUUAUCGAAUGUAACAUUCGUGCAUCUCGUUCUUUCCCGUUCGUGUCCAAGGUACUUGGUAUCAAUUUCAUAGAUGUCGCAGUGAAGGCUCUCAUAAAAGAAGGUGUUCCUCAACCAGUGAACCUCAUGGCUCAACAAUAUGACCGUGUUGCAACCAAAGUGCCGCAGUUUUCAUUUACCAGGUUAGCAGGAGCAGAUCCAUUUUUGGGUGUCGAGAUGGCUUCUACAGGAGAAGUCGCUUGUUUCGGUAGGGAUUUACUUGAGGCAUACUGGACUAGUAUACAAUCAACUAUGAAUUUCCAUGUGCCAUUACCUGGACAGGGUAUUUUGUUUGGUGGUGACUUGACUAAUGACAAACUUGGAAAUGUAGCCAAGGAGCUAUCAGGAUUGGGUUACAACUUUUACACAGCUAGUCAACCGGUUGCGGAUUAUAUUUCAAAGUAUGUCUCCGAGCCAGUCGAAGUUAUUGAGUUCCCCAAAACUGAUAAACGUGCUUUGCGUGAAAUUUUUCAAGACAAGAACAUUGGCGCUGUGUUCAACUUGGCCAAAGCCAGAGCUCAAGAUUUGUUGGAUGAGGAUUAUGUAAUGAGAAGAAACGCCAUUGAUUUUGCCAUCCCAUUGUUCAAUGAGGCCAAUACAUCCCAGUUAUUUGCCUCUUGUUUGAAGGUUAAGAUUCAAAACAAGACCAAGUUCGACGAAGUUCCUGCAACUGUUGUUGUGCCGGAGGAAGUUCAAAGAUGGAGUGAAUUUAUUGGCGGUAAGCCUGUAUAA